ACUACUUUUGACGAUCAAGCACGGCACUAUGGCUGUUCAAAGAACAACAUUCUAAAGUGCUCACUUCUGACUCACAGCAAUCGGCGGAACUCGUCAAAUCCUUUGCAAGGAAAGGCUUGACUAUGAAGCAGGCAUGGCUGCAAAUCUUCCCUACUGUUCUCAAUAUCCAGUACUUCAGGACUACCGCUGACUCCUUCAACCACGUUUGCUACAUGCAGUCUCCGAUGAAGUCACCAGGUGCAUUGCCUUUCGAAAUGGUGGAUGUUAGUCUGUGUAGCCACAUUAUUAUGGGCUUUGCCACCGUCGGCGAUGACUACAGAGUCAACCUCAACCCUAUCGGUGGCCACGAGGCACAUACCUCCUUUGCUGAAUUGCGCAAGCAAAAGCCAUCGCUGAAACUCAUGAUAUCAGUUGGAGGAAGAGGAGAUGACAGAAAUUUCAAGAUGAUGGCCUCCACUGAGUCCAACCGAAAGAGGUUCAUUGAAUCAAUACAGUGGGAACUGAACAGAUAUCAAUUUCAUGGGAUGGACUUCGAUUGGGAGGUGCCAGAAGUGUUCGAUACUGAAAAGCUUCUCACUCUUAUCGAGGAUAUCUCUGAUGAAUUUAAGAGGAAUCCAGGCUAUCCUCUUAUUUUCUCUGUUGCUGUGCCCGCUACUAUACCAGUGGUUCUGAAACGAUAUCACGUCCGCAACAUCACUAAGUGAGUAUGAUUU